AGGAAGUGGGGGCUGCAGCGCUGGUGCUGCUGAGGUUGGAAGCAUUUCCAGAUCAGAUAAAGAAAAAAAAUUAUGGAAGUUUUCUGCAGUUAAAAGGAAAAAGUGGCGGCAGACUUUAUCGAGCUGUAGAAUGGAAGAAAAUUAUGGAAUCGCCCUAUAAACAAAAUAAAAAAAAAAAAAGUAUUCUGCAGAUAAAAACGACAACAAACAAACAUGGCCCCCACAAGAGAAAUGUCGAUCGAAACAAUGGAAAGGAUUAUAAAACUCAUUCAAGACGGGAAACCGACACGGAGUGUGGCAAAAGAUGUUGGUUGUUCCCAGUCGGCCGUGUGUAAGAUUUGGUGCAAGUAUAAGAAAAAUGGGAAGGUUAUGAAGGGAAAACAUACAGGUAGACCAAGGAAGACGUCAAAGCUUCAGGAUAAAAAACUGGAAGCGAUUUGUCUUGGGAAUAAGAAAUGCACAGCCAGGGAGAUGAAGAACCAAUGGGCGGAAUCGGGAGUCAACGUCUGCGACAGAACUGUGAGGAAUCGGCUCAAUGAAAUGGGAUUUAAGUACGGGAAAGAUCAAGCGCAACAAGGUCCCACUAGUCGUAUUAAGGAGGAACAAGUGUCACAUGAUGAAGAUUCGGCAGACACCAAUAUUUAUACACUCGGAGAUCAUACGCAACAAGAUCCAACUGCUCAUAUUAAGGAGGAACUAGUGUCAUGUGAUGAAGAUCUGAUGGAAACCAACAAUCAUCGACCUACGGAUCAUAGACUAGAACCAUCGACUCAUAUUGAGGAACGAUCCUCACGGAAUAAAGAUCUUACAGACGUCGACAAUCAUCGACCUACAGAUCAUAGACUAGAACCAUUGACUCAUAUUGAGGAACGAUCCUCACGGAAUAAAGAUCUCACAGACGCCGACAAUCAUCGACCUACAGAUCAUAGACUAGAACCAUCGACUCCUAUUGAGGAACGAUCCUCACGGAAUAAAGAUCUUACAGACGCCGAUAUUCAUCGACCUACGGAUCAUAGGCUAGAACCAUCGACUCCUAUUGAGGAACAAUCCUCACGUAAUAAAGAUCUCACAGAUGCCGACAAUCAUCGACCUACAGAUCAUAGACUAGAACCAUCGACUCCUAUUGAGGAACAAUCCUCACGUAAUAAAGAUCUCACAGACGCCGACAAUCAUCGACCUACAGAUCAUAGACUAGAACCAUCGACUCAUAUUGAGGAACGAUCCUCACGGAAUAAAGAUCUUACAGACGCCGACAAUCAUCGACCUACGGAUCAUAGGCUAGAACCAUCGACUCCUAUUGAGGAACAAUCCUCACGUAAUAAAGAUCUCACAGACGCCGACAAUCAUCGACCUACAGAUCAUAGACUAGAACCAUCGACUCCUAUUGAGGAACGAGCCCCAAGUGAUGGAAAUCUCAUGGACACCAACAGUCAUAUACCAAUAGAUUAAUCAAGAUCCAUCCAAUCAUAUUGAUAACAAGUCUCACGUGAUGAGGAUCUUACAAAUAACAACCAUUCCAACUACUCAUAUUGAGGAACAGGCCCCAACACAUACACACCUACAGACCUACCCCAUCAUCACAUUAAAGGGGUACUCCGCCCCUAGACAUCUUUUCCCCUAUCCAAAGGAUCUCCCUGUUGCACCCAGCAUUCGUUUAGAAUGUCGGGUGAAGCGCUGGAGGCUGGUGACGCCAUGCCCCGCUCAUGAUGUC